GAAGUCGUGCUGAAAAUACAGAUACAGAUGAUGAUGGACUUAAUGACUGCGUAUCAGUCACAUCUGAUGAAAAUGACAACUUGCAAGACUUUGUCUCAACUUGUAGUGUUGGAUCCAGGCCGUUGGAAAGAACAAAGAUUUAUAACUAUGUGAAGAACAGGAAAUUUGCUUGGGACAAUGAGGACAAUUUACAUGAUUUUGUAUCAUUUGUUAAUGAUGAAACCCGACCUAAACAACAGACAUUAACAAAAGACAAAAAUCAAAAACAUAACAAUAAUUCACACACCUUGACGUCGUUCUCCAGUGGUGACGGUAAACAUGACAGAGAAACUUACAUUAAUGCUAACACAAAACAUAUGACACCUAAUGGCAUCGAUAACAGUCUGUUGAGUUCAAGAACAGCGGACAAAUAUCAAGCACACACCUUUUUGAAAGAUUUCAAAAAGAAAUCAGAUUCGGACAAUAAAAUAAAUUUAUCCGUUGCCAGCAGCAUAAAUUUAUCAUCUGAUUCAAACAGUUUGAUCCCUGUCAGCGAAUUGGUGGUUCCUUUUAGUGACAGAAACGAAGACAGAGUAGAACUGGAUAUGGGUAAUGGUAUUAAAUUGUUGACGCCAUUUCGAUAUAGUAACGAUUUAAGGCGUUUUACAACAAUCAAGUGGGAAAUGAGGGAUAGAAAUAUGAAUCUAUAUACGAACAAAUUUAAUGAUGAUAAGAAGUUUUCUUCUGAUAUCUUCAAAAUAAUAUCAAGGGAAAACAGAGAAGGACGAGAAAACAAGACGUUAUACAAGUUUCCCUUCAGUCAAGCCAUGAGUAACAAUAGUAUUUUUAAAGUUCCCGUCGAUGGGAAUAAUAUGUCUACCGAUUUGUCAACAGAUACUAAGUUUGUUGUAGCUUUUAGUGUGGGAGUUGGCAAUGAAUGCAGUUGGAAAGAAGCUGAAGCAAAAUUGGAGGAUAAGUUUUUCAUAUUUCCAUGCUACCAAAUGAGCAGUUUCUGCAUUCGAUCGGAGCCGAAACAAGUAUCUCAGAAUAUACAGCCAUGUGGGUUGACUAUAAAAACAGGAACGGAUGGUAAAAUGAUUAUGCAGUUCCCGCCAACCUGCGUUGAACAAAACAGGGACAUAACAUAUCAGAUAUUCCGACCAGCAAUUACUAGUGUGAAUAAAUCUCUACCUGAGUGGAAACCAAAAUUGUUGAUAGCAGUCAGCGACAAAAUAUGCAUGAAAUUUACCAGGAAUUCUUUGAAAACACCUAUAUACCUAUCUUUCCCCUUACCUGAAAAUUUGAGAACACCAGGUGUGGAGCGUCGACUGAUUGGCUUCAGAGAUCAUCGUCCGUUUAUUAUUAGAAUGGUUUCAAAAAAGGUUAACGAUGAGAUAUUGUAUGAGGUUAAAGGUUGUGAUGGGGCUGCAUUAGCUGUUGUACAAGUAGGUACAACUUUGGAUACUAAUAUUUUAAAGACGGAACUUGACAUCUUUUAUGGAAGUCGCAUACUUUGCAAAAUAAUAUUGUUUGCAAAAACUACGAAUGAAGGUUCAAGUGACCUUGGUCAAUUAUUUGCGCUUUGUGUGAUUCAAGCAGAAGUUGAUGACACCAUUGAAAAUUCAAUUUUAAGAAGAGGUUUCAGAUGUAUCUAUAUAACUGACGCCUUAUGUUUAAAUCCGUUACAGAGAAUUCGCAUUCAAGUAUCUGGUGGUAUUCUGUCUCUUACUUGUGAUGGCCUACCAGUUACGAACCACUUCUUAACAUUUUUAUGUGAAUCUAAGGAAAAUGCAAUUGAGUUUCCAGUCAGCGUGGUAAAAAGCGGAAUUCCUUACGCUAUUGUGAAGUUUUUGUUGGAUAUUAUGUCACGCGGGACAGUAUCCGAAGUUCAUUUUGAACCAUAUUUGCCUUUUAAAAGUUUUUAUAAAAGGACAAGGGGGUAUGCAGAACACUCCAUGUGAUAUUUAACAGAGAGUAAAGUGUUUUUAACGCAGAGCUCGCAAAGCUUUGGCUAAUUGUGUUUUUUUAGUGUCGGUAAUGAUUCUUAGGAGUAUUUAUUGUGUUGCGAUGUAUCAUAUAUAUCAUGCAUACAAAAUAUAUCAUUAGUUUACAUAA